GGCACGUUCUGUGACGAGUCGGCUACGCACGCUUUAUCAGGCGUCUUCCCGCGCGACUGCCUCUCUGUUCUCCCGGUUCCUUCGAGCCCGCUGAGUCUCCAGCCUUUUGACUUUUAAUUUUCCAGGAUUUACAUUCUGCCAUGUCUUCUGAAGAAGGGAAACUCUUCGUGGGAGGGCUCAACUUCAACACCGACGAGCAGGCACUCGAAGACCACUUCAGCAGCUUUGGGCCUAUCUCUGAGGUGGUUGUUGUCAAGGACCGGGAGACUCAAAGAUCCCGGGGUUUUGGCUUCAUCACCUUCACCAACCCGGAGCAUGCCUCAGACGCCAUGAGAGCCAUGAAUGGAGAGUCUCUGGAUGGUCGCCAGAUCCGUGUGGACCAUGCAGGCAAGUCUGCCCGGGGAACCAGAGGGGGUGCCUUUGGGGCCCAUGGGCGUGGUCGCAGCUACUCUAGAGGUGGUGGAGACCAGGGCUACGGAAGUGGAAGAUACGACAGUAGACCUGGAGGAUAUGGGUACGGGUAUGGCCGAUCUAGAGACUACGGUGGCAGAAGCCAGGGUGGUUAUGACCGCUAUUCAGGAGGAAAUUACAGAGACAAUUAUGACAACUGAGAUGGGGCAUGCACACAUAAUGUAGGUGGAUGAAGACUCAGGAACUUCCCAGAAUUCUGCCUCACCCACUGAGCCAGGCCCAGAUUAUGGGGCAUUGUGGCUAAACCCUCACCAGGUGGGUACUUGGUCUGAGGAAGCAUUCUAUGCUGGGCCUUUGGGGAAGAAAGGUGGUGGGAACUGCCUUGAAGGUGGGGGGAUGGGAAGGAAAUGCACUCAUUGUCACCUGAGGUGGUUCAUAAUCAACCAUAAAGUGACUUCAGCUGAAUGAUUUUUCUGUGUGGGGGUGGUCUAUAUAUGAUCAACUAAGGCCAUAAAAUAAGCCUCCAAAUUCUAUAACAGUUGCUCCACUUUAAAGAUAAUGAACUGUAUUGUAAUUGCUAAUUGAUGUGAGACAAAGGGUCCAGAAGGACCACUUGUAGCACAGAGUUUGGUAGAACUCAGAUUUGAGGUUCAAAACUCAAAUCAUCCCCCCCCACCCCCACCCCAUGUAAGGGCUUGGACCUAGAGUCAAAAUAGCAAAUGCCAUAGUCAAAGCACCAUCUCCAGCCUCUAAAAAUAGUAUUUCUAGGCCCUGCGUCUCAGUUUUCAGCAUUUAAAAUGGAAACUGCUUAUAUCAGUAGGUUGGGUUUAAAUGGAAAAGUAUCUAAAAUGGACAUGCCCCUUGCCGACAUUUUACAUUGAGGGGAUGUAGAAUGUAUUCUAUUUUUCCAAAGGUAUCGGAUGAAAGUAAGUUCUGUGAUUACUUAAGGCAUGUGAAAACAUUUGGUGACAAUUAACUGAUAACCUGAUUUUGCCUGUUUAUCAAAAUGAAGCCUCCUAGGCCCUUCUCAGCUGCAAGCCUCUCUCCUUCCUCAGCGAAGGCUAUCCCUUAUUUUCAAUUCAUGGUUCACAAAGAUCUAAAAUAUACUUCAGGAGGUAAGACCGGACAAGGGUUUUUUGUAACCAUUACUCACUUAGCAUGAUUACAGUAAGGCUCUUAAUGGUGGUUUUUGAGGAACUGCCCUAGAUCCUGUAGAUUAAAAGGUGGGACUUUACCUUGUUAAAUCAUGAAAUCCCAAAUAAAACUUUCUUAAUA